AUGACCACAGUCUGUGAUGAUGAUGAGGAGUCAGCAGAUAGUCUUGACUCUGAUUUUGCAAACCCUAACUUCAGUUGUGAUGCUAAUGAUGAUGAAGUCGAUUUUGAUGAAUGGGUGGACAAACAAACUGAGUGGGUUGGAGAUAGGGCAAAAGGAAAAGAGCUAGAGUCAACAAAUGCUAGGGUUGAAUCUUGGGAUUGGGGUGCAGAUGUUGAACUGGAUUCAGAGGAGUAUGAUUUUGAUAAUGUGCAACCUCAAUAUGAUUCUGAUGAUGACACUCCAAUGAUGGAUAGAUGGCCAGGGUUCAAUUCGGCAACUGACAUGGGAGAUCCACAAUUUAAGAGGAAUAGGGAUGUUGUAUUUAUGAGAAGUGAGGCUUUCAAGCUAAAGGCAGUUUGUGCAGAUCCAGAUUGCUCAUGCAAGAUAUAUGCUUCCAAAAUGCAACAUGAGAAGACCCUACAUGUUAAGAAAUAUGAUGGUGAACACACUUGGGGUAUUGUUUGGGAGAACCCCACUAUGAAGUCUAGUUGGCUCAGUGCCAAAUAUAUGGAAACAUUGAAGAGCAAUCCAAGUUGGCCAGUUAGCUCAUUCAUGGAGACUGUGGGGAAGGAUUAUAACACUCAAGUUUCUAGGCAACAAGUUUAUAGGGCAAAAGAGAGGGCAUUGAGGCAGAUUGAGGGAAUAUACACAGAACAAUACUCCAGAAUUUGGAAUUAUUGUGAAGAGUUAAGGAAGACCAAUCCAGGAACAACAACCAAAGUUCUAUGUGAUUUCAAUGAACAAUUGGGUCAUCCAGUGUUUCAAAGGUUAUAUGUGUGCCAAGAUGCAUGUAAAGCAGGGUUCAUUGUUGGAUGCAGACCCAUUAUUGGCUUGGAUGGCUGUUUCUUGAAGGGUGUAUAUGGAGGGCAAUUUUUAACAGCAGUUGGUAUAGAUGCUAAUAAUGAAACAUGGAUGAUUAUGUAUGCAGUAGUUGAGUCUGAGUGCAAAGACUCAUAG